AUGGCAGCAGUGGCAGCACGGGGAGAAACAGGACAAGCAACAGAGAAAGAAAGAGCAAACACAAAUACAACUGGAGCAGCAGACGCGAGGUUCGCACCAACGGCAACCUUGGGGAAUUCCGAAACAGCACACAACAGAGCAGAAAAUGUGACAACAACGGUGACGGCGACCGCCACCAUUUCGACAGCUCCAAAGCGCCCAUCUGUACCAUAUUCAGGUGGUGAGAAGCACUUGCUGGCUGACUGUUUGUGGUCUCCUACCACAGCAACGGCGAUUCCUGUUGGUACUAUUGACGUCUCGCUGUUUCUUCGCUGCUUGGAAGCACCUGAACAUGUGUCAGUACACUUCAAGGACGAAGUACAGCCUCUGCUGUCCCACCUGCAGUACCCGCAGCCGCAGCAGCAACAUCAUCAGGGCUUGUUGUUAAGGGUCGAGGGAGUUGUGACACGUCAGCAGUCACUGGGCCGUCGCCUUUGCUUCUUCGACAUUAUGCCGCAACAUGCCGUAGCAGCAGCUGCAGCAGCUGCUGCUGCUGCUGCUGCGGAACCAACGGGGAAGACAACUCCGCCAGCUGGAGCCGUUGCAGAUCCAACCUUGAAAGCAGGUGCAACAUUAGGAACUGCAUCAAGGAGCAUCACAGCACGAAGUGGAGCAGCAGGAACAGCAGCUUCCCCAGUAGCUAUACCGGCAACAGCACCACGAACAGCACCAGCUGCAGCAAUAAAUUGCAUCGCCUUGUGCUGCAGUGUCUCUUCACCUGACUUGUGCGGGGUGGAUGUGCACCGUAGUAUUUUAAGGAAAAUGAAAGCAGGAGAUAAUGUUGAAGCCCUUGGAUUGCUUGAAGUUAAAUGCGGCACCCAAGCCCUCAAACAGUAUCGACAGAGACUCAGGGAAGCCGAGACAACAGAAGCCUUUGAGGCAACGAUGAUGGAGGUGAUGAGAGUGAUUGGCUUCAAGGUCUUGGCCCUUCGUGCCUGUAGAGCUGCAGAUGCAGCAGCAGCGGCAGCAGCGGAGGUGGCUGCGAAAAAAGCGGCAGCAAUAGCACUUGAGAAGGCACAACGUUCCCAUGUGCUGCAAGGGGAACCACGCGCCGCGUUUUCCUUCCCCGUGGCAGCAACUGAGCCUGCAGCAGCAGCAGGGUCUGCGCCUUCAACAGCAGAAGGAAAACUAGCAGCAGCUGCGAAAGAACUGUCCCGAGUGUGCAAGGUCUACCUGCUAACUGGCAGCUGCAGGCGAUUUGAGUGCCCUCUUUUGCAUACGAGAGAUGGAGUUCUGCGAAGACAGUUUGAUAUUCUCAAGGCGCAGAGACAGGUCAGACGCGUGCAGCAGCACCUGCAGCAACAGCAGCAAGGGAAACAGCAGCAGCAGCAAAUGCUGCUACGGCCUCUGGCUGUUUCUUCACGUGAGAAACCACCUGGUGCGGUUUUUUCCGCAAGCACGCUGCAAUCUCUUCCCGAGCAGCAGCAGACAGUUCAACUCUUGCAGCCGCAGCAGCACCAGCGUAUCUACCCUCGCAGCUUGCGCGCUGCAGUGUUUGUGGAGUGGUUAGUCUCCACCUACGGCAUUGAUCGUCUCCGCCAAGGCACUGGAGUCGUUGAAAUCGCGGGAGGAAGAGGCGAAGUGGCUUUUGAGCUCUCGCUCAAGUACAAAAUACCAACUACCGUUAUUGACCCUAGGUGUACAUACACCCCGAAAAGCGACGAGGCACAAACUCCAGAAAUACGCAGACAAUGGGAACAGGUGCAACAUGCUCUUUGGAGGAAAGACGCACCAGGUUAUCCCUUUGAAAGCCUCCCGGGAAAAUCUUCCUCGGGCUCCACGCCGCUUAGCGACGGAUUACGCAUGGGAGCCACUGGAGAACAAAGCAUAUCGAGAAAAAUGCCCGUAGAGGGCUUGCCAAGCUCUUUAGAGCGUGAGGGGGACUGCUGCAGCUCAGUACCUGAGAGGGCUGCAGUAUGCUCUGCUAUGGCGGGGGGUAGCCGACGAUCUCUUUUGUGCCCGCUGCGGUUGAAUCGGCGUCAGAAACAGUGGCUACAGCAGCAGGAGGGACUGAGGGGUAAAGCUGCAGAAGCUGCCUUCACUGAAUCAGUGGAGACGAUUCCCGCAGUGUUUAAUGAGGAGCUGAUACGGCGAAGCCCUUAUGUGAGAGACAAAGUACUCAAUGCAGCGGCCAUUGUGGGCCUCCACCCCGAUGAAGCAGCAGGAGAUAUCGUGCAAACGGGCCUUCUCGUUCACGACUUGAGAAUGAGCAGCAAGUGCAUGGGCAGCGGCACCGACAGCAGCGACGACAGUACUGGUAGUGCUAGCAGCGGCGGGAGUGCUGGUAGUAGUGAAGAGAAGAACUGUAGACGUAGUGUCGGCGACGACAGGACUAAGGGUUGCAACAGCAGCAGCGCUUCUGGGGACAACAGCCGCGACUUCGUGCAAACACAGCGUCAACGUAGCACAGCACAGCAGAAGCGGCUGCAGCAGGAAGAACCAGAAGCAGCGCGUCGAGGACUGGUUCUUGCAGUUGUUCCUUGCUGCGUCUUCUCAGAGAAGUUCCCUUGCCGCCGUGUGCCCGCUGCUGCAGCAGAAGCAGCAGCAAAAUUCCCAGCGGCAGCGGCAGCAGCCGCUACUGCUGUUCCUGCUGUGUUUCCUGGUGCAGUGGAGCCGUCGGCUGCAGCAGUAGCUGCGUCCGCUGAUAGCCUUGACACUUCGUGUGUGGCUACGACUUCUGGUGCUGGCGAUACUGCAACUGCUUCAAGCGCAGCAAUAUGUGCUCAAGGCUGUGCGCCCGCUGAGUGCCCCACUGCGCUGCAAAAUUUGGCCCGAGCUAUUCCUGGAUGUACCUCAGUGUCGUAUGUGACAGAUAGAGAGAACCAUUUGCUGCAGGAGCAUUCUUUUGUUCCCGCAAGAAGCCGUAGAAAGCCUGUGGGGUCUGAAGGCAGGGUGGGCCCCGCAACAGCAGGGAGGAGUGGAGCAGCUGGAGCAACCAAAGCAUCGGCAACAGCAGCAGGGCUGCACAAGCAGCACGAUCAAGAGCACCAACAGAAACUGCAACAAGAUCAGGAGAACCCUCAUGUGAUGGAGGACGAGUAUGACUUUGAGUACGAGUCCGAUGGGGGCCCAUGGGGUCCCGAGGAGGAAACGGCAGUGAUUAUAGAGAACCUUUACUAUGAGGCCCAAGACUGCUUGCAGUCGAAACCUGAAAAGGCCGUUGCCUUGCUUGAAGAGGUGCUGCAGCGGGAAGCAGAAGCAGCACAGCAGCCCUGGUCUUUCAAGUCACUGCUGUCUCUCACGCUGCUUUUCCUCAGAGGAGGAGAUUUCCUGCGAGCAGGUGCGCACUACCGUCGGCUGUUGCAGCUGCUGUCUGCCGUUGCUUCUGGCGAAGCAACCGCGGCAGUAGAGGCAGUCUUAUCUGCAGCAACUAAACUUGUAGGCAUUCGGCAGUACGAUGGACUACCUGACGUGUUUGCUACCGUUCCGCUGCAGCAGCAGCGGGACAGUAAAGAGCAGCAGCAGCAGCUGCAGCAGCGCAAAUGUGUGAACCUCCACGUAGAACAAAACCAGGAGCAGCACUGCGACAAGGGCGAGAUUUUCCAGUACGGUAGAAGUUCUCGCCAGUCUGGACCAGGAGCCUCUUUGCCUGUAGAUGACGAGUUAAGGGAUUCUGGUGGCCCCCGAGUUCCCCGUGAGGCACACCAGGGCGGGCACCCUAUGGGAGAAGGAGAGCAACAGCUGGAAGGACUUAUGCUGUGCACGCUGGACGCCCUAGAAACUCAGGGUCUCAAGUUGGGGGAAUGGUCCAAGGCUGAAGAUUUGCUGCCUCGGGUUCACCAGGCGGGCCGCGACCCUUCAUUGCCACCCCACCAACAGCUGGAAGCAGCAGCAGUCGAAGUCCUUUGCUGCACGUACAGUCGAGAUUGGAAGUUGCUGCAGCAGCUGCUGCCACACGCCCUGCGGUUGUCAGCAGCCUCCCUGGAUCCCCGUAGUGCAGCAGCAGUCCGAGAGUGUGGGGCUCGGCUCCUCAUAGAAUUGCACGGACGCCCGGACCUGCAGCAGCGGCAGCAACAGCAAAAUGACCAGCAGGAGCCACAGGGGCAGCACCAGCCAUGGACUGAUAUUCAUGCGCACCUUAUGGCUGCGUUUCGGCACCAUCAGGAGAUCGGAGAUGCACGGGCUGCAGCAGCUGCACUGCGACGUGCGGUCCUUUCUGCUCCUCUGGCUGCUUCUGAUGUUGACCCCUUCAGUACGAGAGAAGGAAAAGCUCUGCAGGGAGACCCAGACGUGCAAUCGGCGAAGGCGCUGCGGGCGGCGUUCGAGGCAAAUGACGUUGCAGGCGUCGAGGAGCAUCUGCAAAUACUUGAGUCAGUGGACCCUUUCGCUUUACAAUGUAGCGGCGCUCUGCUGCAAGCCGUACGGUUGAGGCGCCUAAGGGCCAUUGCUAAUUUCUAUUCGGCUUUUCCGCUCCUGAGGUUGCAGCAGACACUGCGCCUUUCAGGCGAAGAGACACGCCACUUGCUGUUGCAGGUCAUACGUGAGGGUCAACUGCCUGCCCUUAUUGAUGAUGAAGCAAACGUGCUGAGGCUGAAGAGUGCACAAAAUGAGGAAGCAGUUGCCACUGGUAAGCUGCUACAGGAGUGGGCAGCCUCUGAGGAGUGCUCGUGGGGCCUGCAUAAGAAAUCCUACGAAUUUCUUCCCAUCGCCCUGAGCAGAGACACCCGCGUAGGCACCUAUCGAGGCACCUACUAUUAUGCCUAG